AUUUUCGGUCAGUUAUUGCGGUUUGGCGUCCACACACAGGACGGUCACGAUGAAGCUCUCGCUUUUACUCAUUUUCGUCGUCCUAGUCGCAGCGGAAGCCAGACCCAAAGAUGCAACCGACGAGCUCAUCGCUGUGGCUGUUCUUUUCCGUCAUGGUGACAGAACAAUCAUUGAAACUUACCCCAACGAUCCCUACAAAGACCGCAGCAAUUGGCCAGUUGGUUGGGGACAACUCACCAAUGAAGGAAAGCAACGCCACUACGAGCUGGGCCAGUGGUUCAGGAUCAGAUACAACGGUUUCCUCCCGGAAACUUAUUCCGAAGACGACAUUUACGUCAGGUCUACCAACGUCGACAGAACUUUGAUGUCCGGCCAGGCCAACCUGGCUGGACUUUAUCCUCCUAACGAGAACCAAACGUGGGAGGACGGCUUGAGCUGGCAACCCAUUCCGGUGCACACGAUGCCGGAGGAUGAGGACGACAUUGUUGCUAUGCACAAGUCUUGCCCCAAAUACGACAAGCUCAAGCAGGACUUGUUGAACAGUGACUACGUGAACAAUUUACUGAAAGCCAACCAGGACUUGUUGGACUUGGUGACGGAAAAGGGGGGGCAGGACUGUAAGACGCUUGUGGAUGUCGAAUAUUUCCACGACACAUUGAAAAUCGAAAAAGAAUAUUACAAUAUGAAGCUUCCCGACUGGACCAAUUCGAUUUAUCCGUCCAGAACUGAACCACUGGCAGUCAUCAGUUUUACCACCGGAGCUUUUACCGAACAAAUGGCACGUUUGAAGACUGGACCAUUUUUCAAUCACUUACUCACACAUUUCCGGAAUGUGAUUGCUAAAAACGAAUCUGCACAGAAAUUUUUAAUGUUCCCUGCCCACGACACAACCGUGACAAAUCUAUUGAUGGCCAUGCAAAGCUUCGAUUAUAAACUUGCUCCUUACGCCGCCACUUUAAUAUUCGAAGUCAGAAGGGCAGACAACGUUGAAUACGUUAAUGUUAUUUACAAAAAGGACGGCGAGUUAAUUAAUUUAAAAGUCAGAGGAUGUGAAUGGAAUUGUCCUUUUGAAGACUUUGUAAAGGUGCUUGAACCUGUCACUGUUCCGCCAGAACAAUGGAAAGAAGAGUGUAAAGUUUAAAGCUGCUCCAAACUUCCAAGAAAUUAAUUAGUUAAUUCGACUUUGGUGCUUUUAAUAGUAGAUGGAAAAAUUACAGGUUUCUAUCUAUGAAAUUCUAUGAAUUUGUUAAUGCUAACAUCUUAAUUUAAGCCAACGAUCAAAUGUAUUUCAAAUAAAUAUAAUUUUAUUACA